UUUUACUCAAUUAAAAUUUUCUCACAUCUUCAAUCCAAUUUCUACAAACAAACUUAUAAAAACAAAAUUCUCAACUCCUACAUCUUCAAAAUUCUUUCUUACCCACAAAAUAAAAACUUUGGAUUAUAACACUUCUAACACUCUUUUAAUGACACCCAUUUUUCAUUACAUUUCCCAAAUUUAUUUCCCCCCAAAAAUUAUUUUCCCUCCCAAUAAAUAUUAAAAACCCGAAAAAAUCAUUUCACAUUUAUACAACCAAUAUUAAUUUUGAUUACCACCGAAGUGUCACAGAGUAAGACGCUCCAAGUAUUUAUUUCUCUCACCUCUUUCACAUUCUCAUCAAAACCUUCAAUACCCACUUCAUAUUUCAUCAAAUUCAACAAUUUUAGCAAAUACCCACAAAAAUUUAGCUACUCAUAAUCAUAUUAAUUGAGUUAUGUUGCUUAGAAAUAUACAGAUACUCUGUUUUUUGGGUGUUUUAGUUGAGUUGGGAUUUUGUCAAAAAAGUACCAGAAAUUACAAUUACAUAACAUGGAAUGAUAUAAAAGUUGAUGAAUUAAGAGAUUCAAUGUCGAAAAAUGAGAUUAAAGGAAAGCAAAAUUGGAAUAAUAGUGGAAUUAUUGUUGUUGAUAAAAGUGGAAAAACAGGGGAUUCAGUGACAGUUCAAGGUGCUGUUGAUUUGGUUCCUUAUGGAAAUUCUCAGAGAAUUAGGAUUUUAAUACUUCCAGGAAUUUACAGGGAGAGGGUAACUGUACCAAGCUCCAAGCCUUACAUUUCCUUUAUUGGAACAGAAAAUCAGGCUUCAAAUACAGUAAUUACAUGGAAUAAUAAAGCCUCUGAUAAGAAUAGCAAUGGGGUUGAACUUGGAACUUUUGGUUCAGCUACUAUCACCAUAUACUCUGAUUAUUUCUGUGCAUCUCAGAUUACUUUUGAGAAUACAGUAGUGGCAAUACCAGGUGGGUUGGGGAUGCAAGCAGUGGCACUAAGAGUAGCAGCUGAAAGGGCAAUGUUUUACAAAGUAAAUGUGCUGGGUUCCCAAGAUACUCUCUUAGAUGAGACAGGCUCACACUACUUCUAUCACUGCCUAAUCCAAGGAUCAGUUGAUUUCAUUUUUGGCAAUGCAAGAUCACUAUAUCAGAAUUCAGUUCUUCGUUCGAUAGCCAACCGGUCAGGCGCAAUUGCAGCACAUCACCGAAAUUCACCUGAUGAAAAUACUGGGUUUUCGUUCUUGAACUGUACGAUCAGUGGAAGCGGAAUGAUCUACCUAGGGAGAGCCUGGGGGCCAUACUCAAGAGCAGUAUAUUCAUAUUGCGACAUGGGAGAUGUCAUAGCACCAGAAGGAUGGAGUGACUGGGGUGACCCAGAAAGGCAGAAAACCACAGUGUUUGGCGAAUUUCAGUGCAUCGGAACAGGAGCAAACACAACAAGGCGGGUGCCAUGGGCGAAGUCUUUCAGGAUUGACGAUGCUAGACCAUUUCUUGAUAUGGAGUUUAUUGAUGGCAACAAAUGGCUGAGACUAUAGCUUACAGAAACAAUUAGAUAAAAACCUGUGGGAUUAGUCAGGUCAACUGAUUAGCUCUAUAUUGUAAACAUGUACAUUACAGAGCAUACAACAUAUUCUUUUAGCUUGUCCCAAUUAUAAUUCAUUUACAAUUUAUCAACUCCACAAAAUAAUCAUACAUUUGAAUACAUUUACACUGGUCUUCAAGAACACAGUAUAUUUCCUUGAAGUGUCACUACUUUGUUAGUAAUAGAACUUUUGACCCAUCAUCCGGAGUAACCAACAAACAAUUUAGUAGUGGUGAAUUUCAUUUCACCACGACUUGACAUCAUACAACUGAGAAAAGUUCACACGGAUGUUACAACAGACAUAAGCAAAAGGCCUAAUCCACUUGAAAGGGAUUCUAAAUGACUCGAACUUGCUUCAUCGCAGGCAUUUCCUAGAAAUUUGUCUAAGAAAGCCGAUUUGGAAGACA